UGAAUGCCAAUCGAACUCGACCGUUGUAUUGAAAUUUAUAAAAAGGCGAUUUACUGUUAGAUUUCCCAUGGAAAUCUAACAGUAAUGAUUCAAAAUCCUCACAGCUCGAAACCCACAAUAAUGAUUCUUCAAACAACCAAAGAUAUCGACGAAACCAUGAAAAUAAUGAUUCUUACUCCGAACUCCUCGGUCAAAUCCAGCACCACAACAGUCGGAGUCGGCAGCAGAGAAAAUUGUUACUAUCCGGGAUGCAAAAAAGACGCGAAUUGCAAAUGCGAAAUGUGCAUUGCAAGCUUCAACGCCACUCUUGAUUUGAUGCCGCAGACUGCUCAGAGGAAUUCGCUCACAAAACUCUCCGUUUCAAGGCCCAAAAUUCGGAGAAGCCCUGCCCCUCUCGCAUCGUCCGGUAAUGUAGUCUCCACGCCAAAGUCGAGGAUCCCUACGAAUUCUCAGCAAAAGAGGAAAGGGGAAUUCAAGUACCUUGUGCGGUUGCUUUUUGGCUUGAUUGUGGUUUUCGGCUUGGAGUUCGGGUUUUCAUGGAUGAUUUCGGGGGUUUUGAAAUGUCAAUUAAUGCCGGAAUUGGUGGAGAGUAUGGCUGGAAAUUCACGGGUUCACGAGGAUCUGAAUGGGAAAUUUUUGUUCUUGAAGAAUCAACUGGAAGGGUUUGUGGGAAUUAGGGUUUCAAGCUGCAAUUCUGCUAAUUCUGUGUGGAAAAUCUCUCAGGAUGGUUUGUUGCUGAAUACGCGGUGCGUGCUGUAUAAAUCAAUGGCAGAGGAAGUAAGCAUUUGGGGAUGGCCAUUGCAGACUGCUGGAGUGCUUACUGCUGAAUAUUAUUCAAGAUCAUUCAGCAUUAUAAAUGGAAGAGUUACUGAGUGGUCUGGUGGCAGAGCCGGUUAUUUUGUUCGGAGAGCAAAUAGUUCGUGGGUGCAAGACAAAUGGAGUUCCUCUGUCGUACAGUUCGAUCCUAACACGUGGCUUCUGGAGUACAGACACAGCUUUCUCCUGCAAAACGCAAGACCGGUUUCUGCUACGCUCAAGUUCUUGGAGUUGAGGCUGACAAGAGAUUUCAGAAAAAUGAGCCAAGAAUUCUGGCUACAAUCUGCUAGUUUUGGUGGUCGUUGGGAGUUUAGAGGGCGGCCCAGACGAACCACCCUUGCACCUACUUAAGUGAAGAAUGUCUUUAACAUUACAGAUAUUCUCAUUACUGAUGAGAAGCUUUGGAUCAUUGGAUAUGUAGCAAUUUCUUCAUUGUAGAAUAAAUAGGAUUCUGUUCUUGUCCACAAUGAUGUAGAGAUUUAUUCUUCUCCAGCAAUUUUGUUCAAUAACUAACGUUUUCAGGAUAAUGUGCACAAAAUAAAAUAAAUGUUGAAUCA